UCUGAAGGUUCAAGCCCAAUCAACUAACGACUUCCCGAUGAAGUCUUCGUUGUUCGUCUUUUUCGGGGUUCUUGUGGUCACCUCUCUCGUUUUGUGCCAAGACGAAGAAACGGCUGCAGCGGACCUCCAGGUCGAGCUGAACGACGCUCCUUCGAUGUCACGGGUUCGGCGUGGUGGUGGUGGCGGCGGCGGUGGUGGUGGCAAGGGAAAAGGCAAAGGCGGCGAGAAGUCUAAAGGAAAAGGUGGCGCAGGAGGAGGUGGCCAUAGCGAUUGAUUAUCGACAUCAGGUUAAACCCGGAGCAGAUGCCUAACGAUAAUCUAUAUGCAAUAAAAUUGGGUUCACC